GUGCAGUCUGUGUGUGGUACAAGCAAGCGUUGGAGAAACUGGGGAAAUCGAAUGCAAGCAAUUGCUUCCUUACAACAUCCAACUUUUCUACGAUUUAACCUCUUAUAACUUACAAAAUUGUAUUUGGAUUUACUAAGAGACUCGUCAAUAAUUUCAUUGAGCCAAUAAAGGCUUUCUUGGAAGUUUUAUGCGGUCAACAACUCGUUCUACUCGACGGCUCUCGGACGUCUGAUCGGAAAGGCAUUGUCGAGGCAGGUCGUGCGGCGCCACGAGAUCACCGGAGUUCCAAAGGGCUCGGCUGGGACAAGGAUUCCAUGUAACCUGCGAUUACUUUUGGAUAAUUUUUUUUCAUUUUCAUAAGGAAGGUUACCAGCCGAGGAUUGUGAAAAUUCGUUCAACAGAGGGAUUAUUGCCGUCGUAGGGGAGGGGAAUUGAUCGAGACAAAGGAAAGGGGCUUAAAAUCAACAAAAAUCGAGAGAUCCGAGGGUCGAAGUGUGCUCUCCGCCGCGGAGGAUUGGGCUUUGUCCGACGGCUUGUGCGCACAGGGAGGGGUGGCGGACUAUCGCACAUCUACUCGGAUUACUGAAGUAUCCCCCGAUUUCCCUCAUAAAAGGAUACAUUCAAGAUGUAUCCACAGGGCCGGCAUCCGGCACCACACCAACCAGGGCAGCCUGGCUUCAAGUUCACCGUGGCCGAGUCCUGCGACAGGAUCAAAGACGAGUUUCAGUUCCUGCAGGCCCAGUACCACAGUCUCAAAGUGGAGUACGACAAACUGGCCAAUGAGAAGACAGAGAUGCAGCGUCACUAUGUCAUGUACUAUGAGAUGUCCUAUGGGCUGAACAUUGAGAUGCACAAACAGACUGAGAUUGCCAAACGGCUCAAUGCAAUUCUCGCACAGAUCAUGCCUUUCCUGUCCCAGGAGCACCAGCAGCAGGUUGCUCAGGCUGUUGAGCGUGCCAAGCAGGUCACUAUGACUGAGCUCAAUGCCAUCAUCGGGGUACGUGGACUUCCCAAUCUGCCUCUCACCCAACAGCAACAAACUGUCUACCCAGCCUUCAUGCAGCAGCAGCUCCAGGCUCAGCACCUGUCCCACGCUGCCCACGGUGGGCCACCCAUCCAGAUGCCCCCGCACCCCUCAGGCCUGCAGCCCCCUGGCAUACCCCCCAUCCCGGGCGUGGCUGGCUCUGGCCUGCUGGCGCUGGGCGCCCUGGGCAGCCAGGCCCACCUGCCCUCCGUCAAGGAUGAGAAGAACAACCAUGACCUAGAGCACAGAGGCCUGUCAUCCUUUCACUCCCCCCUGGCGAUCCCUCUGGUAAAAGAACGAGAGUCGAGCACGAAUAACUCGGUGUCUCCGUCAGACAGCCUGCGUGCGGCCAGCGACAAACACCGCAGCUCCUCCGAUUAUAGCAUGGACUCCAAGAAACGCAAGGUGGAGGAGAAGGACAGUAUGAGCAGAUACGAUAGCGAUGGAGACAAAAGUGACGACCUGGUCGUGGAUGUGUCCAAUGAGGACCCAGCCACUCCCAGGGCCAGCCCCGCCCAUUCUCCUCCAGAAAACGGUCUGGACAAAUCACGGGCCCUGAAGAAGGACGCCCCCAACAGCCCUGCCUCCGUGGCCUCCUCCGGCAGCACGCCCUCCUCCAAAGCCAAGGACCACGCCCACAAUGACAAGUCUUCCACGCCGGGCCUGAAGUCAAACACCCCCACACCUCGUAACGAUGCCCCUACACCAGGUACCAGCACCACCCCUGGUCUACGACCCAUCAUGGGCAAGCCCCCGGGCAUGGAGGCACUGGCAGCUCCAGCCCUGCGUACCCCUUUGUCCAUAGCUGGCUCCUACGCCACGCCCUUCGCCAUGAUGGGCCACCACGAUAUGAACGGCUCCCUGACCAGCCCCGGGGUCUACGCCGGCCUCCACAUCUCCCCCCAGAUGAGCGUGGCGGCUGCUGCUGCGUACGGACGCUCGCCCAUGGCGGGGUUUGACCCUCACUCCCACAUGAGACCAGGCCUGCCAGCCAGCCUCACAUCCAUCUCUGGAGGAAAACCUGCCUACUCCUUUCAUGUGAGCGCCGACGGCCAGAUGCAGCCGGUGCCCUUUCCCCCGGAUGCGCUGAUAGGCCCGGGCAUCCCACGACACGCCCGCCAGAUCAACACGCUGAGCCACGGCGAGGUGGUGUGCGCUGUCACCAUCAGCAACCCCACGCGCCACGUCUACACUGGCGGCAAGGGCUGCGUCAAGAUCUGGGACAUCAGCCAGCCAGGCAGCAAGAGCCCUGUGUCCCAACUGGACUGCCUGAACAGGGACAACUACAUCCGCUCCUGUAAGCUCCUCCCUGACGGCCGCACCCUGAUUGUGGGUGGUGAGGCCAGCACGCUGACCAUCUGGGACCUGGCCUCUCCGACGCCACGUAUCAAGGCGGAGCUCACCUCCUCGGCCCCCGCUUGCUACGCACUGGCCAUCUCCCCCGACGCCAAGGUCUGCUUCUCCUGCUGCAGUGACGGGAACAUCGCCGUCUGGGACCUGCACAACCAGACCCUGGUCAGGCAGUUCCAGGGCCACACGGACGGAGCCAGCUGUAUUGACAUCUCACAUGAUGGGACCAAGCUGUGGACCGGCGGUCUGGACAAUACCGUUCGCUCAUGGGACCUGAGGGAGGGACGGCAGCUCCAGCAGCAUGACUUCACCUCCCAGAUCUUCUCUCUGGGCUACUGCCCCACAGGGGAGUGGCUGGCGGUGGGUAUGGAGAGCAGCAACGUGGAGGUCCUUCACCACACCAAGCCUGACAAGUACCAGCUCCACCUGCACGAGAGCUGCGUGCUCUCUCUCAAGUUCGCCUACUGUGGUAAAUGGUUUGUGAGCACGGGGAAGGACAACCUCCUGAACGCCUGGAGGACUCCAUACGGCGCCAGCAUAUUCCAGUCAAAGGAGUCCUCUUCCGUCCUGAGCUGCGACAUCUCUGCAGACGACAAGUACAUUGUGACAGGCUCCGGAGACAAGAAGGCCACCGUGUACGAGGUGAUCUACUAGAAACACCACAGUUUGAACUACUGGCCUGACAAGGGGAGCUGCUAGCCCCUCCCCCUCUUACUUCACUCAUCACACCCCCUAACCUCAAAGACCACCAGGGAUUGGACUACAGACAAUGUCGGCCGAUACCACUCCCGGUUUGGUGCUCAGAAGGCACUAUGAACUGCGAUUGGCAGUUGACCAGGCUAUUAUUGGCUAUCGGCUUGCAUAUCUAACCAACACUUUGGUGCAGACUGUAACCCUAUGGGCACUGAAGAUGUAAAUUGUCUUGCUGUUUUUUUUCUUCAAAAUCUGUUCCUGGGCUUGUUUUUUUUUUGGAGGGUUUCUUUUUUAACGCGAUUAAUGUUUCUGUAAUGUAACUGGAUGAAGCAGCGCUUCGUCUUUCCAACAGUUGCUCCCUGGACGUCUUGUGAAAAUUGUACAUAAUGGAGUAAUAAAGACAUUUUAUAUAUAUAUUAUAAAUAUAUAUAUCUAUUUUCAUGUCCUGGUGUACUUGUGACGUUUUUGCUUUUGGCCUCUCCCUUCUGCUUGAUAUUCAAGGGAGAACAGAAAGUAGAAAACUUUCUUUUUUAAGGAUUUAUUUUUGUUUUGGGGGGGGGGUUGAAGCACAUUCUUCAAUCCAGGCUGACCUUUUUGGACAUCAAAUGGAAAGGUCUCUAGUAACAAAGAGGCUGAAAAACUAAAUGGUCAACCAGAAUGUUUUGUGGAGAUUAAAAUGUCAGUUUUGUGAUGGUGCCCUUUUUUUUUGAGCUACGAAAAUGUCUGGAAAGUGGAGCCUGCCGGCUCAGGCAGAGCCACGGACAGCCGUGGAAUACCACAGGACCCCCGCUUGGACACGGCCUAUCAGAGGAGACUGGGGGAUCAGCGAGAGGAGGAGAACAAUGUAAAUUAAAACGAUAUUAAAGAAACUAACUGUACUACUU